AGUGCUGGUAUUACAGGUGUGAGCCACUGUGCCUGGCCCUGGAGAGGUUUCUAAAAGAUGGUGGAAGGCUGUGUUUGGAGGAGUCCACCCCCAUCUCCCCUGUGUAAAAGGAAAGCGGAAGAGAGAACCACAAAAAGGGCUUGGGGGAAAGCUGUGGAGUGAGGUGAUAAGGGCUUGUGUCUGAGGAAUUCCGGGUCACUGGAAGCCCUAUCAGGUCUGCAUUUCUUCCUCACCCCCAUCCCCUUCCCUGACACUGGCUUAGUCUUCUGAGGGGCUAGAAGAGAGAAGGACUGAGUCGACUGACACCCUAGAAGACGCUCUGUGUGCCUUCGGAGGUCUUUCUGCCUGCCUGUCCCCAUGCCUCUCCUCCUCUUGUUGCUCCUGCUGCCAAGCCCCUUACAUCCCCACCCCACCUGUGAGGUCUCCAAAGUGGCCAGCCACCUAGAAGUGAACUGUGACAAGAGGAAUCUGAGAGUGCUGCCUCCAGACCUGCCAAGAGACGCAACCAUCCUCCACUUGAGUGAGAACCUCCUGUACAGCUUCUCCAUGGCAUCCCUGGUGCCUUUCACUCACCUCACUCAGCUAUACCUAGAUCAGUGUGAGCUGACCAAGCUCCAGGUUGAUGGGACACUGCCACUCCUGGGGACCCUAGAUCUAUCCCACAAUAAAUUGCAAAGCCUGCCCUUCCUAGGGCAGGCAUUGCCUGCUCUCACUAUCCUGGAUGUCUCCUUCAACCAGCUGACCUCGCUAUCUCCUGGUGCCUUCCGUGGUCUUGGCCACCUCCAAGAGCUCUACCUAAAAGGCAAUGAGCUGAAGACUCUGCCCGCAGGGCUCCUGAUGCCCACACCCAAGCUGGAGAAACUCAGUCUGGCUAACAACAACUUGACUGAGCUGCCCCCUGGGCUCCUGAAUGGGCUGAAGAAUCUCGACACCCUGCUCCUUCAAGAGAACUUGCUGCGCACAAUACCAAAGGGCUUUUUUGGGGACCACCUCCUGCCUUUUGCCUUUCUCCAUGGGAACCCCUGGUUAUGUAACUGUGAGAUCCUCUAUUUUCGUCGCUGGCUUCAGGACAAUACCGAAAAUGUCUACGUAUGGAAGCAAGGUAUGGAUGUCAAGGCCAUGACCUCCAACGUGACCAGCGUGCAGUGUGACAAUUCAGAUAAGAUUUCAAUCUACAAAUACCCAGGGAAGGAAUGCCCCACCCUUGGUGAUGGAGAUGACGAAGACCUAUAUGAUGACUACACAGAAGAGGACACUGAGAAUGAUAAGGUGCGUGCCACAAGGACUGUGGUCAAGUUCCCCACCAAAGCCCAUACAAGCCACAGGGGUCUAUUUUACUCACGGUCUACUGCUUCUCUAGACAGCCUGAUGACCUCCUUGCAUCCAACCCAAGAAUCCACUAAGAAGCAGACCACAUUUCCACCCAGAUGGACCCUAGAUUUCACCACAUUCUCCAAAACUCCAAAAUCCAUUACUGAACCCACCACAAGCCCAACCACCCUAGAGCCUGCCUCAAGCCCGACCACCCCAGAGCCCGCCACAAGCCCGACCACCCCAGAGCCCGCCACAAGCCCGACCACCCCAGAGCCCGCCACAAGCCCGACCACCCCAGAGCCCGUCUCAAGCCCGACCACCCCAGAGCCCGCCUCAAGCGUGACCACCCUAGAGCCCACCACAAGCCCGACCACCCCAGAGCCCGCCACAAUCCUGAUCACCCCAGAGCCUGCCUCAAGCCUGACCACUCCAAAAUCCACAACACUGACCACCCCAAAAAUCACCAUAUUCUUAACUACCACAAAACCCAUCUCACUCUUAGAACCCACCAAAAAAAACAUCGCUGAAUUUGAGAAGCAACCAAAGGUCCGUGGGGUGGCCCAAGGGCAUUUUGACAGCUCCAGAAAUGACCCUUUUCUCCACCCUGACAUUUGCUGCCUCCUCCCCCUGGGCUUCUAUGUCUUGGGUCUCCUCUGGCUGUUCUUGGCCUGUGUGGUCCUCAUCCUGCUGCUGACCUGGGUUGGGCAUGUGAAACCACAGGCCUUGGACUCCGGCGAGGGUGUUGCUCUGGCCACAGCCAUGCAAACCACACAUCUGGAGCUGCAGAGAGGAAGGCAAGUGACAGUGCCCCGGGCCUGGCUGCUCUUCCUUCAAGGCGCGCUCCCCACUUUCCGCUCCAGUCUCUUCCUGUGGGUACGGCCUAAUGGCCGAAUGGGGCCUCUAGUGGCAGGAAGAAGGCCCUCAGCUCUGAGUCAGGGUCGUGGUCAGGACCUGCUGGGCACAGUGAGCAUUAGGUACUCUGGCCACAGCCUCUGAGGGUGGGAAGUUUGGGGACCUUGGGAGAGGCUCCUGUGGACUCUCCUAUUGGGAUCUGGCUGGGGUUGGGUGGGUAAGAAACAUGGGGUCAUGGGGAGGUCUUAAUUCCUUUUCCUGUAUCAGAAGCCCUCUCUUCACACCACAGGCACACAAAUUCAGUCCCAGCAAAGCAGAAGGGAUAGUGACAUGGAGUUGGGUGGGUCACAGAACAAAGCUCCCUAUGCUGCAUGGGGCAUCUAUGCACAGAAGAAAAUCUGGAAAGCAGUUUAUCAGGAUGUGAGCACUGAUUGUGUCUGGAUGUUAUAUAUAUGGAUGGUUUUCUUUUUCCCUGUUUAGCAUUUUCUAGUUUUCUACCAUUAUUGUAUAUUAUCUGUAUAAUAAAAAAUAAUUUUAGAGU